AUGAAUAAAGUAGUUUUUACUGCAUGUCGGUUUCUAAGACCAUCUAGUAUUUGUAAGUCAACAUAUUUUUAUAAGUUUAAGCUUUGUUCAUUUUGAACUGGGCUGAUGUUAUCAUAGGCUGUUUUUAAUUAAUCUUGACGUUUUUCAGCGACUGUGACGGUUCGUGGACAAGCAGUUGGACGAAAAGUUGUUGCUGUAAAAGAAGAUAAGAGUUUUGUGGACACGGACGCCAAGAAACUGUCGGAAUAUGUGUGCAUGAACUAUUUGAUCGAAGGUGAGAAACUUCUUUGGUUUUUGAAUUGUUUAGGUAUUAAAUCAGGACAAAGCGUAUCAUAUGAGCUCCAGAAAACGUUUUUUAAUAACAUCUACGAUAUUAAAUGUUUCUAUUUUGAGGAGAAGAGCCAGGACCGAAGAUUUUGCCGGAUUCAGAAUACCCGGAAUGGUUGUUCAAGUUGAAUUUGGACGAUCCAUUGCCGUUGGAAGAGAUGACUCCAGAAGAACAUGGUUGGUUAUAUUGGAGAGCGUUGCAGAACCGACGAAAUGAACAGUGGAGGAGGAUAAAGGAGCUGAAGAUUAAGAAGAUUCAUCUUCAAAACUUACCCAAUAUCAGGCGCCCAAAAACUUAUCAUCGAUAA